ACAGUUUAAUAGUGUUAAGUAUAGUAUGAAUAGACAAGAACGAGAAAGACUGAUCAAUGAAGACAAUUGUCGUCGCGAGCAUAUCCAAUCUAGCGUCCAUCCAAUCUAUGUGUGUGUGUGUGUGUGUAAGAAUCCCCAUACGAAAUUUUCAAUCAUUUUUGUUGUAAAAAUCCACAAGAGAGAACAUUAACUGCAGAAUAAGUUGAAAUAGGAAAG